AUGGAUAAAAAUGCAAGUUGUGCAAAAUACAUGACAGAACGGGCUAUUCUGGCAAGCAGAAAUGAAUACGUUGAUCAACUAAACGAAAUUCAUUUCAGAUUUCUAGGUGAAAGUAGAACGUUUCUGAGUUUCAACUCUGCAGAAGAUGAUACUAACAAUUAUUAUCAGGAAGAUUACUUAAAUACUCUCACACCAAACGGUCUCCCUCCACACAGAGGUUUUGACAAAAACGUCAUACAUGCAGAAAUAAUGAUUGGGCAAAAUGCUUUCAAGCAUGUGCUUAUCCCACGAAUUCAGCUUUCGCCUCCCGAAAAUGAAGGUUACCCAUUCAAGUUCAUUAGAAAACAAUUUCCAGUGCGAUUAUGCUUUUCAAUGACAAUUAACAAAGCACAGGGACAAACAAUACCAACUAUACCAACUGUGGGAUUGUACUUGCCACAACAUGUUCUGGAGAUGCACAAUAACGGUCUGUUGGAUUAUGUCCGAACCAACUUGGUACGACCUGAAAGGAUUAGUGAAUCCUUAUGGCAACAGUAUAUUCGCUAUUGGAAUAGCGAAUAA